AUACUGUAAAGCUUACUUAAAAAUCUUAUGUCCCUCAGGAACACCUGUAAUGGCACUACUACCAAUGGCUGUGUAUAUCACUCAGGAACACCUGAAAUGGCACUACUAGCUGUGGUAUUUGUGGCUCAGUUUAUUUUUACAGCUAAAUAUCUUGAGUGUGAUACGGGGGUGCAGGAGGAAGUUCAUAUGAGUGUGUAGGAAAAUAGCUCAGUUACAAGGCAGGAAGUUGUCUUUUGUUAUUAGGAUGUCAUACAUAAUGCACAUUUUCAGUCAGACCUGACCAGUUGCUUGAUCGUGUCUUCAUCGGCUGCACAAAUCGAAUAAUCUUUCAAGGAUUACAGUGAAACAGAAUUAUCAAAGUGCAGGCAAGGUCUUCCUCUGCAUUCAUCUGCAAUGAGAACACAGGCUUUAUGGUUAUAUGCCAUCUACUCAUAUGUGCUAAAUGUGCACGCGGCUUCAUGGACUGCAGAAAUACCACAAACAAUCUCAGCACUGCAGGGGUCUUGUGUCGUGGUUCCCUGCAAGUUCAAUUACCCAGACCGUGAAAUAAAGCCUACAGACCUGACAGGAAUAUGGCACACGACAAAUCAAGACAUAUACAUUUAUCACCCGGACUCCUCCAAAGUGAUGAAAGAAUUCAGGGGCCAGACAAAUCUGAUUGGGGAUCUUGCAAGAAAAGACUGUUCACUGAGAAUUAAUCACCUGAAAAAAAAGGACAAUGGCCCAUUUAUUUUUAGGAUAGAGAUUCGUGACUUUGAUAAGUACUCUUACAAAGAUAAAUCGGUCUCCAUUGAUGUCCAAGACUCUCCAGCCUCCCCACGGCUGACCGUGAGCAGGGAGGUCAAAGCAGGUGAUGCUGUGACUGCUUCCUGCUCUGUGUCUCACUCCUGUCCCACGGAGCUGCCUCACCUGAUCUGGAGCCGCAGUGGAACAACCACCAACCAAUCAGAGGAGCUGCCCAACGGCCAAUGGAAAGAGACGUCAAACUUAACUUUCACUGCCACAAACUCUGACCACAACCAGCACCUGACUUGCACAGCAAAGUAUCAGCAGGUCACAUCUGUGCAAUCUUAUAAAAUAUUGAAUGUGACAUAUGCCCCAGUCCGUGUGGAGGUCGAGCCUGAGUCCACAGUGGUGAAGGAGGGAGAUGCUGUGGAGGUGCAGUGUUCCAGUGACAGUAACCCUCCUGCACACGGCUACCAGUGGUACAACACCACUGGCACUCUGCUGUCAGAGGAACGAAUCUACAAACUGCACGUGUCCAGACACACUAAAGCUCUCUACUGUGCAGCCAUCAACACAGAGGGGCACAAGAACUCCACUCUGGCCAAGAUCAGCGUGGAGUACCCCCCAAGCAUUGGAGCACAAUCAGGCUGUGUUGCAGAAAUCACAGGGGUGAACUGCCGGUGCCUGGUGGAGUCCAGGCCCGCUAGCAGAGUCCAGUGGAAACUUGCAGAUGGCAAAACUGAAAACAGCAGCAGCGUCCACAGCACAGAUGGACAGGACUCCGCCACUGUUCACACACUGCAUUUCCACCUGGGCCUUACUGAUGUGGUGUCCUGCUACGCCAGCAACAAACAUGGGAACGAAACAAGGGUCCUGGAAACCAACCAAAGAGGAGUACUGAUGGCCAUCUACUUAUCAGGCGCGGCUGCUUCUGCCUUUGUGCUCAUAUUGGUUAUUUUAUUGCUGUGGAAAUGUUCAAGACGAAAAAAACGUGUGGAAGUAAAGAUAAACCCUGUCUACUCAACUGCAGACCUCGAUGACCAGCAUGUGGGAAUACAGGAAAACAUGGGGCCAGCCAAAUACUGCAGCAGGAGACAGGGGCCCGGUGAAGAUCCGUCCUCUCCUGGUGGUGACAACAUUUAUGUCAACAGUGGGGUAUGUUUGGGGUCAUUGUCUUGUUGAAAGGUCCAUCUACGGCCAAGUCUCAACCUCCUGGCAGAGACAAACAGACACCAUAUUUUGAAGAAGAAGAAGAAGAAGAGGUGGAUUAUGAGAAUUGUUUUAAAGAGGACGUUUAUGCAAACAUGUAUGUAGGA